AUGCUCUCGCGCGUCGCUCGUGCUCCGGCUGCCCGCAACUUCAACGUGUGGGCUCCCGCUCGCAUGGUCCCCACCAGCGCCAACGCCGCUGAGCAGGCCAACCCUGGCCAACCCCCUCCCGUUGAGAACAUCGGUGUCGAUGCCGUUCUCCGCGAGAACCCCAACUCGCAGGACAACCACACCACCACCAUCUUCCAAGAGUUCUCGCUCGAGGGCAAGACUGCCGUCAUUACUGGUGGCAACGGUGGCCUCGGUCUUGAGAUGGCGCUCGCUUACGUCGAGGCCGGUGCUCACGUUUACGCCGUUGAUCUGCCCAAGGAGCCUUCCGAGGAGUUCAAGAUUGUCGCCGACCACUGCCGCAUCAUGGGCAAGCACCUCAAGUACGUCUCGGCUACCGUCACCGACCACGACGACAUCAACGCCUGCAUGGACUUCGUCAUGAAGGACUCGGGUACCGACUCGCUCGAUGUCUGCGUUGCUGCCGCAGGUAUCCUCCAGACCUACGAUGCUCUUUCGUACCCUGCCGACGAGUUCCGCAAGGUGUUCGAGGUGAACACCACCGGUGUCUUCCUCACCGCACAGGCCGCCGCCCGUAAGAUGCACGAGCAGAAGAACGUCUCGGGCUCGAUCAUCCUGAUCGCCUCCAUGUCCGGAUCCAUUGUCAACCGUGACCACCACUGGGUCGCCUACAACGCCUCCAAGUCGGCUGUGCUCCAGAUGGGUCGUAACCUGGCUGCCGAGUGGGGUCCCAAGGACAUCCGCGUCAACUGCAUCUCGCCCGGUCACAUCCGCACGCGUAUGACCGCCGCUUACCUUGACACUAACCCUCACCUGCUCGCCAAGUGGUCGGGCUCCAACCCUCUUGGUCGUCUCGGUCGCGCACACGAGAUCCGUGGUGUCGCCGUCUGGCUCGCCUCGAGCGCCUCGUCGUUCUGCAACGGUUCCGACAUCAUCGUCUCGGGUGGUCACAACAUUUGGUAA